AUGGCUGAAAAGAAAGGUCCUGGCAUCUGGGCCGUGGACCAGAGCACCCACAAGCAGAAUGAUCUUGAGCUGUUCGAGAGCGGAGUUUUGGCCGACGUGGAGGUCAAGUGUGGUGACCACACGUGGAAGUUACACAAAGUCAUUUUAUGCACCCGAAGCACUUUUUUCAAGAGCGCCCUGAUGGGCGCAUUCAAGGAGUCCGAGACUGGAAUCGUUACGCUGAAAAAGCGCGAGCAGUGCGACGUUGGUUGCUUCCUCAAAUUCAUCUACACUGGAUCCAUUGACCUUCAGGACUCAUAUCCCGGAGAUGAUGCCCUUGUGGCGCUCAUGAGAAUCUGGAAGACCGCUGACUUCUUUUGCCACGGUUCCCUGUGCAAACUUGCUGUCCAUGCAGCCAAUGAUUACGCCAAAGAGCAUGCUCAGGUCUUCUGCACCGCUUUCCCAGGAGCCGACCAUGACAAGGAGAUGGACGAGAUCAUUGAACAGUCUUUCAAGCCUGCGGUCAGAUUCGUCUACAGCGAAGAGAUGAAGGACUUCGUUUCCACUUUCGUGCCGAUUUACAAGCGACUGGCGACCGCGAGCGUUCACCGGCUCUCCAACAGCGAGGCGUUCCAGACCUUGCUUCGUGAAGUCCCUCAAUUCGCCGCUGAGCUGGUCACUUCUCUGAUGAGAAGUUUCAAAAUCUGGGCUGCCCUGGUGGCCCGCGCGGAACCAUUCACAGGCGAGCCAGUGCCGCUUGAUGACGUUGAGAAAGGCCCCCAUGAUGGUGCACUUCUGGAUUGCCGUUGUCUGGAGCUUAAAGCGAGCCUGAAUGGCUCUGCCGGCGGCUUCCAGGACAUAGGCUGGGUUGUUCCUGUUCUGACGUACAACACAGGGUGUGAACUUUCGCCAGUUCAGAGGCCCCUCGACGAGGAGAACCUCGUGAAUGUUGCUCACGAUGCUGGCUGA